AUGUCAAGUGGAAGCCCGUCCGACGGAUCAGUGUUUGCGACAGGCAUCACUGUGCGAGAGACUGUCCAGAGACAGACUUUCAGCCCGUCCACCCCCGCCGCCAUUGAUAUUUCGCGUCAAACGUACGCUGAAUUAAUCACUGACGACCCCCAGUUAUCUAAAAAGCAGCCCUCAUCGCUCGUGUUUAAAGGGGAAACCCCGCAAACCAACGCGAUCCCAGCGCUAAGAAUACUUGGCGUUUACGCCCAGCCUCAAAACCUGGCGGCCAAAACCCCAAACCAAGGGUACCCAGUGCGCUUCCACCCCCCCACGCAACUCCACAACACUGCCAAAGUGCAGAUGUCAAGUGGAAGCCCGUCCGACGGAUCAGUGUUUGCAACAGGCAUCACUGUGCGAGAGACUGUCCAGAGACAGACUUUCAGCCCGUCCACCCCCGCCGCCAUUGAUAUUUCGCGUCAAACGUACGCUGAAUUGAUCACUGACGACCCCCAGUUAUCUAAAGUACUUCUCCCAGAGUACUUGGAUUACUACACCACCGCCCUGAUCUGGAUGAGGAUAGUCCACCUCAAACAACGCAACAGUCAGGCCCUAACCAUUGCAGAACAAGACCUUCUGACUCUGGUUCAAACAACAUCGUUCUGUGUCCCAGAACCACUGAACCUACAGGUUCGCCAACUAGGGAAUGUUGUCACCGCAACAAAACAACAUCUCUACCCCGAAUUUCCACCUCUACCAGAAGUGGUCAUUUAUGAUAGAUCCGGGUACUACGGAGUAACAUCCGAAGCAGUAUGUCAAGCCAUCUCAGAUGCACCCCCCGGACGUUACGCGUCCGUCCUUGACAUCGAUCCUAUUCAUCCAGUGAAUGAAAAUUUACUGGGUUUUAGGCCCCUCGGUGCUCGCCGAGCAGAAGCUAAGAAUUUAGCAUUCUCCAAUGGCAUUGCAGAAAAUGCCUUCCCCGCAUAUCCUGUCAACACAGGAUUUUGCUUUGAGUUCCUCCAAGCAGUGUCUAGUGCUUUAGCAAGUACACGGACAUUCAAGAACACAGACAUCGUGUUCUCCACUCUCGCUGAAGCGGGAGCCCAAUCACAAACAGUGAUUUCCCGGCCCAUAACUCAGGCCAACCGUCCCAAUAUCAGAGGAGAGCGAAGACCUACCUCCCUGACCCAAGAGCAACCAGCCGUUCACGGCUCCGCCAUCUUCUUUGACUCACAGUUGAAGAAAGAACCCGGCCCCAACAACAACCAUGCAACGUGGUGUUGCAUCAAUUUUCUACCAGGAGAACAAAUUCCAGUAGCCUGA